CCCGGGCCUAAGGUGGUACCUACCUACCUAGGUAGGUACUUAACGGCUUCGGCGAUCUCUGACGUCACGUUAUCGAACCGGUUCCUGUCAAUGUCGCUGUAAAUAUUGAAUAAUAGAUAAAUUAGCCAACUCAGGGGUAGCAGGCUGGACUAGACAUGUUACUCACUACUCUUCUCUCAUGCCCGGAGUAUCACACUCGAGCAUCGUGUCCGUUCUUCAGCUCCAGCCAUGGGUAACAAACGAUAUAACUCCAUCAGCCGCUCCAUACAACUUGCACUCUAUCGCGACCCAAAUGAAUCCAAAAAGACCAUUUUGUCAUAUGUCCUGGCCUUCUUCACUAUUUUCCGGAUAAGGUUGGUCCGCUUCGGAUAUGAAUUAUUCAGACGGCUGCGCGAUGAAACCUGGGAGAUCGACGAGGAAGAGUACAGAUGCUCCUUUCUACACAAGAAAGGUUCGAAAAGUCUUGAACCGAUGGGUGAUUUAGGAUAUUCGGGUUCUACAUUCUUCUGCACAUCCAACUUUAAAUUCCUCAUCAAGAGUCUACCUCGACAUUUCGAACACUCUUUCUUCCGCAAUGACCUCUUCCUCCCUUACUGCGAGUACAUGAGUUCUCAUCCUGACUCGCUCCUCGUCCGAAUCACCGACUUCCUCAUAUCACCAUAUCCGACUCUAGGCGCUCUCCUUGGCAUCUCUCCAUCGUACCACGUUAUAAUGGAGAAUGUGCUCUACGGGAGAAACGAGGACUCUGCCAAAGACAAAUGGGAGACGUAUGACUUGAAACCGACGGAUUAUUUCUAUCCGGAACGCGAUCUAUUCCCGCAACUCACGAGUGAGGAGACUAUGAGCAAGUUGGUGCAUACUUUUGAAGACAAGAUUCGAAUCACGGGAGCGCAGUAUGAAGAUUUGAAGAACACAGUGGAUCAGGAUACGCGUUUCUUACAGUCGGCCAAUGUGGUUGAUUAUUCGCUCUUUCUGGUGCGGUUUCCCGCGUCGUCGGAACCUCCUGUCGUGGGGAGAAGGUCACAAUGGCGCGUAGGCGUACCUUCUGCUGACGGCAAGUGGAAAUAUCGCGCUGUAUUGCUUGAUUUCUUCUGGGCGAAGCAUAAGUUGCACGCGCAAGCGAUGACGGGUGUCGUGCAGACGUUCAAUGUGGUGGGCAGGAAGGGGCCCAUGACUAUCACAACGACGGCGGAGGAAUAUCAACAGAAGUUUAUGGCUAUGGUGGAUGGACUGGUGCAACUUCAGGGCGAGGCCCAACCUUCAUCUUCAACGAUGGUCUGAGUUUCAAUUGCAGGCCUCCAUUUGCGAACGCGACAGAUACCCACCUGCAGUUUUAGAUACUACAGUUAGUUUCAAUGAUGACAAUCGUGAUUCU